GCGCUCAACUAGGUUAAGUUUUGUCAACUCGUUUCUUUUCUUUCUUCCUUUCUUUCUUUAUUGUUCUAUCUUUCGACGCGUUCGGUUCGCAAAAUUUUUGGCUCCGCAAAAAAGUUAUACGAGAACUUUCUCUAUGCCUCAGUAAAGGCGCGCCCGAGAGCAAGCAAAAUGCACGAUUUGCGCGCCUUAAACAACUGCGAGGUGUUCAAACAAAUACGCGUCGAGCUGAUCGACUACCACACAAAAACCAAGCGUCUAAACAGCUUCAUUUAUUUUAGCGGCAACGAGGAGAACAUACGAAAUGUGGCGAAGCGCGUGCUGCAUGUGCUGCUGGAGCACGGCCUCGUCGAGCAGCAGCCGCAGCAGCAGCCCCAGCUGGUCAAGCCGAAUCCCAGCGCCGAUUUGGAUCAGCUGCGCGGCACGCUGAUGUAUCUCGUCCUGAACAGCGCGGCGGGCAGGAGCCCGAAGGAGGAGCAGGAGCUGGCACAGUGGAAUCCGCAGUGUGUGCACCUGCUGAAGCAAUUGCCGGAGCCGCUGCCCCAGCUGCUAACCUUGAGCGUGCUGCUGCUCUGCGGCCUGCAGCAGCAGCUGUUCGAGUUCUUGGCCUGCGGCCCGCAUUGGCUGACAUCGCAGUACUUUGAUUGCCUCAACAAUCUGCUGGGUCAUUUGGUGCCCGGCAAGCGGGAGGCGCUGCCGCUCAUUGGCGGCGCACUCUCCGCCGUGGGCAAGGCCAUCUGCUACCUGGCGCAUCCGCCCAAUCUCAGCCUGGUGGACAAUGCGCUGCGCCUGCUGCAGCGAAAUUUACUCAACAGCGAGGAGCGACUGCGCUCGCUCGGCUCGAAGAAGAAGCAGCAGCGCUAUCUGGGCGAGGCCAUGUGCGCGCUGCUCGACGUGCUGCUCGAGAUAUUGGCUGCAGUGCAGCAGCCGGAGGAGCCGGAGCAGCCGGCCUACUUUCCCGUCUACGCGCUGCACUCGCCGGGAUCACAGCAGGAGGAUCCGCCGUCUUUCUCCGAGCAGCUGCGCGAAUAUGCACGCAAGUUGAUGGAUCAGCUGCAGCUGCUGCUGCCGCACAUUAGCGUGGACACGUACAUGGCCUGGCUGGAGUUGCCCUCCGGCCAGCUGCUGUUCCACCUGCAGGCGCACGUGUGCAACAAGUGCCUGGAGCUGACCAAGCAGCUGGAGCGGGAUGACAUCCUCAGGACGCACACGCUCCGCGCGCAGCUGGGCAAUUUCACGGACGGCGCCCAGACGUUCGAGCAGCGCCUGGACACGCUCACCCUGGGCGAGCUGCUCGGCCUGCUCGAUGGCCAACUCGAUGACGACGACGACCAGCAGCAGCUCCGACUCGCACUCGACGCGCUGCUGCGCCGUCCCAUUUGCUUUGGCAGCGACGAGUGCGUCGAGACGCUGGCCGGGCACAUCCGCUUGCUGGGCGCGGAGCAUGCCCAGCUCAUGCUGGAGCAUUUGGGCCAGGUGCUGGCCCUCGACGACGACGACUUCGAUCCGUAUACGGAGCUGCUGCAGCACGUUCUGCUGCCCAUCUAUCAGACGCGCUGCAGCAGCCAGGAGAAGCUGCAGCUGCUCCACAGACGCGACCAGCUGCAGUUGCUCAACCGCUUCACGUUCCAGCGCGACGACAAUCACAAUUCGCGUCGCAUCUAUUUCUACAAUCAGCUCGGCUGCUCCGUGGAGCGCUUUCCGCUCGACCAAUUUCUCGAACUGUGCUGGGAGAAUCCCGCCCAGACUUGGCUCAAUCUCGCCCAGCUGGCGAUGACCCAUCGACGCUACGCCAAGCUCUACUUUCACAUCGCCGCCAGCUGUCUGCCGCAUGCCCUGAACCAUGUCGCCCACACCAUCAGCUGCCUCCUGCUCGAUGGACGUCUGCUCCGCGAGAGCUCCGGCGGCGAUCUGCUCGUCCGGCUGUACGAGCAGCCGGUGCUGCUGAAUGGCAUGCGCUAUCGCCAGCGCCAACUCACGCUCAAUCUGAAUCUCGACGCGCUGCCAUAUAGCGCCAAAGAGCUUCAUGCCGCCCAGGACAACUAUCUGGUUGCCUGCGCCGCCGGCCUGGCCAAAUUCACCGAGACGCGUAACUAUAUGGCGCUCGAGCGACUGCUGAAAACGUUGCUCGGCCUGGAGGCGGUCGAGCAGCGCAUUGUGAGCUCCACACACAAAUCGCACAAGGAGCAGCGACAGCGUCUCGCCCAGCUGAAGCUGGCACGGCACAAGCUGCAGCAGGCCCGGCACAAGCUGCAGCUGGCCCGGCACAGGCUGCAGCUGGCCGGCGGCUAUGUGAAGCUGCACGUUCCGCUCAGCUCGUGGCGCAUCAGCAACUGGCCGCUCGCUUCGCAGAUCAUCCUGGUCAUGGAUCAGCUGCGCGGCACGCUCGAGACUUUCGAGCUGGCGCGCAUCGCGGUGCUCGAUUUGCUUGUCGAAUAUCACAUUAACAACAUGGCGCGAUCCGUGCUCGUGUCACCAGAUUUGCAGUACCGGCUGGAGCGGCUGAUCGGGUCCGGGCUGCAGCAUGCGCAUCUGUGGAAGGGCGAACAGUUGGCCGCCUUGCUGGAGGAUCCCGACAAGAAACGCGAGGCCAGCGAAUACACAAUGCUACUGCGUCAGGCCUCAACUUUGGAGGCCGUCAAUCUGCUGAGCGGCGCUAUCCGACAUAAGUUGGACGGCGCGGUCAUGCAGAGCCUGGCCGAGCAAGUGAAUCGGCUCAACUCACCGAAUUCGCAGCAUGCUUACGGGUUUCUCUUCAAGUGCUAUAUGCUGGCGCUUAAUCGGGAGCUUAUUGGCGGCGCCAAUGCCAGCGAUUAUCCACGUCUGAUUGAGCAUAUAUUGCGUACGCCCAAGCUACGUAUGCCCGAGAAUCUAUUGGCGGCCGUUGGCAAUCUGAAGAUCCUGCUCGGCCCGGUGGGCAUUGUCGGCAAGACGAGCAUCCUGCAAUAUGUCAGCCAGAGUCUUGCCAUGUCGCCGGAAAAUUAAAAAUUACAGUAUUACAGUAUGCCAACUAAUACAUAUUCAAUAUGUACAUCAAAAUCAAUAAGAAAUACAAUUACAUUUAUCUAUAUAAA